AUGGCUCAAUUACAGUGGACUAAAACCCUGGCUCCUUUGCCUGCUACUGAACGUAAUUUUUCGACCAAACUGUCAUAUGAUAAGCAUUCCAAGUGCGUUGCGUAUGGAUGCGGUAAAUCUGCCUUCGUAAGGUCGCUCGAUUCAGAUUUUCAAGUACAGUUUACCGGUCAUGGAACUGCUAAAGUUACUGUGGUUCGCUUCAGGCCCUUAGCUGGAUCUAACUAUUUGUGUUCUGGUGACGACCAAGGUCGCGUAAUCGUGUGGAGUUGGUUGCACGACGAAGACGAUAGAAGUAAUGAGGCGGUCACUGGUACCUCUACAGCCAUCAAAAGUGAGUUCCAAGUACUUUCCGGCCCUAUUACAGAUAUAAGCUGGGACAUGGAGGGCCGUAGGUUAUGUGUUGUCGGCGAGGGUCGCGACAAAUUCGGAGCCUUUAUUUCGUGGGAUACCGGCAACACUCUAGGAGAACUCAGCGGGCCCUCCAAACGUGUCAAUGCUUGCCACAUCAAACUUAGCAGGCCGAUGCGAUGCUUUACUGCUGGUGAUGAUGGUGCAUGUGUUUUUUUCGAAGGGCCGCCUUUUAGAUUUGCGGCAAGCGACAGAACGCAUCAUGACCAGGGUAAAUUCAUUCGUGAUAUCAAGUUCUCACCUGGUCCAGGGAACUAUGCUGUUUCGAUUGGUAGCGAUCGUAAGAUUGUUUCUUUCGAUGGCCGGACUGGCGAAUUUAUCAAAUAUGUCGAUGAUCCCGAAGAAACUAUUGAGGGGGGCUUCUUCGCUCUAGACUGGUUUGACGAAGGGUCUGAAUCUCACAAAUUUGCUACUUCUAGUGCGGACGCUGUCAUACGGGUAUGGGACAUUGAGUCUGGCAAAUGCAUUAAUAAAUGGAGCUUGGAAAAGACGCUUGCACACCAACAAGUGGGCGUUGCAACCAUCAGUGAAAACCAAGUUGUCAGCGUGUCUCUUGAUGGAGCUUUGAAUAUAUUUGAGAUUGGUCAACAUUCUCCCAUAAAAACGAUUGAAGGUCACAACAAAGGGAUCACAGCUUUGUCUACGGGUCCGCUAGCUUCGGGCUCUUAUGAUGGCAGAAUAGUUGUGUGGGGUAGUAAGGGCUCCCAAUCAGCACAAAUGAAUAACUACCAGACUAACACAAUUGCAGCCAUAGAUAACGAAAAUGGAAUAGCAACGACUUCCUGGGAUAAUACUAUGCAGGUUUCUGGGGAAGUCAAACACACAUUCGCUCACCAACCUAAAAUAGCCUCCCCUUACAAAGGUUCCAUGGCAGUGGUGUCUGUGGAAAAUGAACUUGACAUUGUGAGCUGUGAUACUGGCAAUGUUGUUACUUCUAAGAAGCUAACCUCCAUUGCCUCGGCCGUUAAUCUUGGGACGAAGUACGUCGCGGUUGGCUACGAGCAAUCGAAUACCAUCGAAUUGUUCCACGUUUCUGACUUGUCCGUCAGUUUCACGCUGAGCACCACCAUGAGAGCGACACCUUCAUGUUUGGCACUUUCUCCAUCAGAAAGAUUCCUUGCUGUAGGCGAUGUGAUGGGCAAAAUCCUACUGUUUGAUUUAGAGACGAAAGCUGUUAAAACGUCAAGGUGGGCUUUCCACUCUGGUAAGAUAACUAGUAUGGCCUGGAGACCUUUAAAUGAAGAAGAUGAAGAAGAAGAAGACUUGAUCGCCACUGCGUCUCUUGACACGCAUCUUAUGAUCUACUCAGUGAAAAAGCCCAUGAAAAACAUAAAGCAGCUGAAUGCUCACAAAGACGGAGUUACCUGUGUGGCUUGGGAUGGCCGUUCCACAAUAUUCAGCGGAGGAGCAGACUCCUGUAUCAAAGAAUGGAAGCUGAUACUUGACUGA